AUGGUGGCCGCCUCCCGAAGGCGACUCGUCAAACUUUUGAGAACUGUACUUGAACCGAGCGCUGCUGUCUUCAUACGAGUCCCCUUCCUUUCCCGGCGUCGCGCCGUUCAAACUGCUCACGGACGACAUGCUCCCGUGGUCAUAGUCGUGGCUCGUGCCGCUCUUGAACGACAGUUCGUUCUCAUCCACAAAGUGCCGCGGGGAGGCAAACGGGUCAUCUUCGUCUUCGAUCAUUGCUGUCGUGUCGUCUACCGCGUAAAGAGGGCCGUCUCCUCGAUUGCCGCCGUCGUAGCCGGUGUCCGUGAUCGACGGCGAAAUUGA